UAUCACUACUCAUAUACGUUUGAGCAAUUGAUUGAUAAUAUUAUUGCAGCUAAAAUGGCUCUUCAACUUCAAGCCAAACAUCUUUUACUGGCUUGCCUCCUAAUCUUGGCCUUAAUCCAAACCUCUAAGGCUGGUGGUGGCAUAGCAACCUACUGGGGUCAAAACCUCUACGAAGGAUCUCUAGCCGAGGCCUGCAACACUGGGCUCUAUUCUUACAUAAACAUUGCCUUUCUUAUCACUUUUGGUGGUGGCCAAGACCUAGGACUCAACCUUGCAGGUCACUGCGACCCAGCGUGGAAUACUUGCACCAAAUUUGGCGCGGAGAUAAAGACUUGCCAGAGCCUUGGUGUUAAGCUCUUCCUAUCCAUUGGUGGAGCUAGCGGAACCUAUUAUCUGACAUCGGCUGAGGAUGCCAAAAGGGUUGCAGAGCAAAUAUGGAAUUCAUAUCUUGGUGGUACGGAUUCAUCUGCUACACGUCCUUUUGGAGAUGCCGUUUUGGACGGUGUAGAUUUCGACAUAGAGGGUGGAUCCGUACUAUACUAUGACAGUCUUGCAGCUUACUUGAAGAACUAUAGCCAGCAAGGAAAAACCGUGUAUUUAUCAGCAGCACCUCAGUGUCCUUAUCCUGAUGCUUACCUUGGGACAGCCAUUGACACGGGACUUUUCGACUUUGUUUGGGUUCAGUUCUAUAACAAUCGUGACUGCAUGUAUACCGCUGAGGCUGGUGUCGGUCCGCUUCUAACUUCGUGGAAUACAUGGAGUUCUUCACUCAAGUCAGGGAAGCUGUUUAUGGGUUUGCCGGCGACUGAGGUUGCUGCCCCAAGCGGCGGUUACAUCCCGCCCGAGGUGCUGAUUAAUCAAGUUCUUCCGGUCAUAGUAAAGUCAUCAAAUUACGGAGGUGUGAUGUUAUGGUCUAGGUAUUAUGAUUUUCUGAGUGGUUACAGCUCCAAAAUUAUCAGCUACCUUAACAUGUUGAAAAAUCCACUAUGGUCGAUCAUGUCUAUGUUUAAAUGACGCCAUCAUCAACUAUGUAUGGAUGAGUGACUUUGUACCCUCAAAAUAAUUAGAGUACUGAAUAAAUUGGGUACUACUAUCACUAUGCUUUAAAUAAAAAUUGGUGGGAAGAUGUUUAUUUUCCCCAUUUUCAUA